UUGUUCUCUUCUCUUCUUCUUCGCUCUCGCUGUCGCCCCUUAACCCUUUUCUUCCCAUCUCUCUGAAAUUCUCUUCCUUUCUUGUAUAAAUCAGACUUUUAUCGUCUGCCCCUUAACCCCUUCUUCGAAGAUUUUGAGUUUUGGGUUUUUGAAGUUUGUGAAAGAGAAAAAGUAGUGGUUUUGGAUUUGAGACCCAAUUGAGGAAAGUAAAUUAUCUGGGUUUUUGAAUUUUGAAAAGGGCGAUGGAACAAAUUGAUGGCGGGGAUUUCCCGCCGAAAAAACUAGCCAGGCAGCUGGAUUUCACCAGGUUUCCUAAUACACCAGCAGCAACUACGGCUUCUUGUUCUGUCGAACAACUACAACCGAUUCCGAAACCACCAGUUGUUGUUGCACCACCACCACCACCUCCUCGGCCUCUACUUCCGGUUAAACCCGAUUCACCAAAAUCUCGUCCACGGCCCAACCUUGAAGUAAAAGAUGGCACCCCGAAGAAACAAAAGCAAUGCAACUGCAAACACUCAAAAUGCUUGAAGUUGUAUUGCGAAUGCUUUGCUUCAGGAGUAUAUUGUGAUGGCUGUAAUUGUGUAAACUGCAAUAACAAUGUUGAGAAUGAGGCUUCUAGGCAAGAAGCUGUUGAAGCUACAUUAGAACGCAAUCCAAACGCGUUCCGACCAAAGAUUGCUAGUAGUCCCCAUGGAGCUCCAAAUAAUAGGGAGGAAGGGGAAGUCGCACUUGUGGGUAAGCACAACAAGGGAUGUCACUGCAAGAAGUCAGGGUGUCUUAAAAAGUAUUGCGAAUGCUUUCAAGCAAAUAUUUUGUGUUCAGAAAACUGCAGGUGCAUGGAUUGCAAGAAUUUUGAAGGCAGUGAAGAGAGACGUGCUAUCUUCCAUGGAGAUCAUGCUAAUUCUCUCUACAUGCAGCAAGCAGCAGCUAAUGCUGCCAUUACCGGUGCUAUUGGAUCAUCAGGAUACGGAUCCCCUCCGGUAUCUAGGAAGAAAAAACAGGAACACUACUUUGGAGCAGCAGCAAAGGAUCCCAUUAUGCACCACCUUGCCCAUUUUCCCCCGGGAAAUCACCAAAGAAGUGCUGCACCAUCUUCUUCCUUACAUCCGUUACCUCAUCCCCGGGUAGUCAAUCCUGCAGUAUUUGGUGGUUCAAAGUUCACUUACAGGUCCCUGUUAGCGGAUAUCGUCCAGUCGCAAGAUGUGAAGCAGCUUUGCCAACUUUUGGUCGUAGUUUCAGACGAAGUUGCCAAGUCAUAUGCAGUUAAAAAUGACAAAGAUGGAAAUGAAGUGCGAGCAGUGAGUGAAAAUCAGAAUGGGAACUCCCUAGCAUCAUCAAAUCAAGAACGAGAAGAUACCCCAAAAGAACAAGAUACACAGAAACCCUUAGCUGAUGACCAUUUGAGAGAAAACCAAGCUGAUAAAGUUAUCCCAGAUGAUUCCGGAUUAGAUGGUAUAGAUUUGCAGAAAGAGAGGCCAAUGUCUCCUGCAACGUUAGCUCUUAUGUGUGAUGAAAAAGAUGCGAUGUUCAUUGCACAAGCGUCACCGGGUGGGGCUGGUCUUCAAGGUUGCAACAAACCUGUACCAUAUGGACAGGAUAUGUCAGAGGUCUACGCUGAACAAGAAAGGCUUGUUUUGACUGGAUUUCGAGAUUGCCUUCGAAGGAUCAUAACUUGUGGGAGAAUAAAAGAAGGAAAAUACACUGCUUCUCCGUCUUCUUCUUCUUCUUCUGGCACCAAAACAGAAACAGGGAGUCAACCAGAUUCAGUUGGCAAUGGAAAUUCAAGAAAGCAUCCUGUCACUACUACUGUUGCUGAAGCAUCUCAAACAGCAACUACUACGGUUACUGCCGCUUCUAGUAAUGGUCUACCUACGAGUGUUGGACACCCCAAUGAAAAUGGGAAUACAAUAAAACAACCAAAAACUGAAACAGAGAUGUAAAUUAAAGAUUACAUAGUCUAUAGAGAGGAAUUAUAGCCUUAUAGGAAAGCAUAAUAUCACUGCUGCAUCGGCCAUUUUUUAGCCUUAGUUUAAAUCGGCUGUUUAUUUGAUGCAGUUACAAACAAAAUUUUGGCCUCUAUUUAUUUUUAGAUGAUCCCAUACAUGUGACUGGAAAUCUAGUCAUAGGAGGAUCCAAACAGUUGAAAAUAAUUCUUUCAGCUCCGUAGUGUGCAAUCCGCGCACUGGAGUUGGCAGUGGCAAGUUCUUCUUUGCCCAUUUUAAUCACAGGUGUAUUAUUAUCAUUAUUAUUCGCUUAAGCGCAACAAGUGGGAAUCUAAAUACAUGAUUACCUAACUCAA